AUGUCUGAAAAGACAACUACUCCAGUAGAGUCGGGAGUCAGCCAGCUCAGAGGAAUGGGCCCCGACGAGCUUGAGCAUCGCGGUCCACGAUGGCUACAGACUGUCCAGCACUACUCGAAUGUCCUGGACCGGAAACUCCACAUUGAGAGUCGUGGCAUUGAGCGUGUCUUGCCUACAGAACGUGAUGAAAACCUCAAUUAUCUUGAUAUGAUGUUUCUCUGGUUUUCUUGUUCGGCCGUCAUUUCUACAGUGGCCACUGGCUUGCUCGCCGGUCCAUCAUGGCUGGGCCUCAGUGUUACGAAUGGCUUCCUAGCAGUCUUCUUCGGCACAAGCCUGGGCGCUGCGAGUGCUGCAUACAUGGGCACGUUCGGACCGCGACUUGGCUUGCGACAGAUCAUUCUUGCUCGAUUCUCUUUUGGUUGGUACGGUGGCAAGCUCGUCGCUCUGGUGAACGCCAUCACCGAGCUGGGGUGGUGUCUCGUCGGAGUUGUCAUCGGCGGCCAGAUCCUUAGCUUCAUCUCGCACGGCUCAUGUCCAACGGUGGUCGGAAUCAUCAUUCUCUCCAUCCUUUCUUUCAUUGUUGCAGGCUUCGGUUACAACAUUGUCCAUUUCUACGAGCGUUACGCCUUCAUCCCAGGUUUCAUCGCGACGAUUAUUCUCUGCGCCGUCGCCUCAAGACAUUUUGAUUCUGGUGCGCCGAACCAGGUCCACGGAGCGACGUUCUCGGGCAGCUUCUUGACCAUGAUCACAAUUUGCUACGGCUCUGCUUCAGGAUUCUUGCCUAUUGCUUCUGACUACUAUAUCACUUACCCUGCCACGACGCCGCGCUGGAAGACGUUCUCAUUGACCUGGGUCGGCAUUACCGUUCCCAUGGUUUUCUUCCAAUCAGUUGGCCUGGCCAUUGGUGGUGCUCUCGGCAGCACUCCAACCUGGAUGGAUGUCUAUUAUGACGAGGGCUAUGGCGCGCUUAUUGGCACUGCUCUCAAGCCUGUACAUGGCUUUGGUACAUUCUUGAUGGUUGUGUUCUUCCUCGGUCUUGUUGCAAACAAUAUUCCCAAUACCUACUCUGCGGGUUUGUCCAUUCAAGCUCUGACAACCUACUUCGCCAUUAUUCCGAGACUGUUUUGGACACUUGUCGGCACCCUGAUCUAUGCGAUCUGCGGAAUUGCAGGCCGGGGUCAUCUGAUGACCAUUAUCUCCAACUUUUUGAGUGUGAUUGGGUACUGGACCAGUGCUUUGUUCAUGAUUGUUCUGCAAGAAGACCUCAUCUUCCGCAGAAGGACUGGUUACAAUGUCGAGGAUUAUGCCGACAAGUCCAAGCUACCCUGGGGUGCCGCGGCAGUUCUUAGUUUUCUGCUCGGCAUCGUCGGAGCCGUGCUCGGGAUGAACCAGACCUGGUACGUGGGAGUCAUUGCGAGACAAAUUGGCGACUACGGAGGGGAACUUGGGGUCAUCAUGGCCUUCAUCUUCACGGGUGUUUCGUACCCCCCUCUGCGUUGGCUCGAGAAACGGUACAGCGGCAAAUAG